UUUCCCUUCUCUUCUCUAGGACCUUGGUAACGGCUGGGGGCCAGGGAUCGGACGUCUGCGUUGGCCCAGAAGGCGAUCUGAACAGCCGAACUGGGACAGGUUCGGGCCUCUGGACCCGAAGGUCGAACCCGUGCUCCUUGGGACAGGGACCAGAUUCCAUUCGUCUCUAGCUUCAGAGCAGGGGAGACAAGUGUAAAGACCUCAGAUUUGGGAGUCAGGAGCCCCCGACAAGAUUGAGGACCAUAAAGGGAAUGUGACCUCUCCAAAGUCAUAGCUGGACAAGAAUCCGAGCCUGUAACUGAAGAGACCUGAGAUCUUUCUGUUAUACUCUUGGGAAACAGACCCUAAGAUUUUUGCAGACUAUCUUCUGGGAAAAAAUGCCUAAAGUCAAAAGAAGCCGGAAAGCUCCCCCAGAUGGGUGGGAGUUGAUUGAGCCAACACUGGAUGAAUUAGAUCAAAAAAUGAGAGAAGCUGAGACAGAACCUCACGAAGGAAAGAGGAAAGUGGAAUCUCUGUGGCCCAUCUUCAGGAUCCAUCACCAGAAAACCCGCUACAUCUUUGACCUCUUCUACAAGCGGAAAGCCAUAAGCAGAGAACUGUAUGAGUACUGUAUUAAAGAAGGCUAUGCAGAUAAAAACUUGAUUGCAAAAUGGAAAAAGCAGGGGUAUGAGAACCUGUGCUGCCUGCGGUGCAUUCAGACUCGAGACACCAAUUUUGGGACAAACUGCAUCUGCCGGGUCCCCAAAAGCAAGCUGGAAGUGGGCCGGAUCAUCGAGUGCACGCACUGUGGCUGCCGGGGCUGCUCUGGCUGAGCAUCAGGCCCCGACCUCCACCCACCCCGGACUCUGGGCCGCGCAGGACUCUGCCCGUCACGCCACCCUUUCCUGGGAGCAUCUCUUCCUCAGAGUGGUCCCCAGGCCCGACUAGGAGCAUGGUCUCUCUGUGGGAAGGUUUUGGUGUUCAUCAGCUGUGAUUUGUAGAAAUAAAAAAAACUAAAGCUUU